AUGAUACGGGUGGGUACGAACUUGGACUACAGAAUACAACUAUCUAAAACUGCAGCGUAGACUACCUGUUACGUGACAGUAGCUGUGAAUGAACCUCAAUCUCCGAGACCACUCCAGACAGGCCCAAGUAGCAGCCCGGGAACCAUCGUUAUUUGUCCUCAUGAAAACUGUCGUUUUUCCCCUCCCCUCAGUGCAAACUCCUUUUCGUCACGUAGUCGAGAACCCUCCUGUUGAACUUUAA